UGUUUAUUUACAAAUGCCCAGGUCCCAUGUCUGUCAUUUGAUCAUCUGUAGUUAUCUUAUGACACCUCAGACCAUUACAAUAAAUGGACUAGCAUAUAGUAAAAUAUCGUAAAAUAUAACCUUUUUAAAUAUUUGAAAGGCUUACAGUUAUUAGGUUAUUAAUUCAUUACAAACCAGUUUUUGUAUUUAAACCGAGGACUGAAGAAACAUUCUGUUCAAGUGAAUAUCAAUAAAGAUUUGUCAUUUUGAAACAUCAUGGCGGCUUCUACGACACCAGCAGCUUACGGGCGCUUACUUAAAGUUUUAUUAAAUGACACCGCAAAUACUUGUCUACAUUCUCGACGCAAACCAGAUUACAGAUAUUGGCGUAAAUCCUUUCAUUGCUCGGAUUCCUCUGCGGUCCCCAGUGUCCCCUUGAAGGACCACUAUGAUCGGCUAGUUCAGAGGGACUGUUUGCGGAGAGACCCGCAGCAGAGACGUGUGCUCCAUCAGCUGGAGCAGCUGCAGGAUGCUCUGAAGGACUACAGCAACAGCAUGUACCACAGUCCACCUGCUGCUCCUGCACACACUGCACAGCACGAAGAGACCACCGGAUCACUAAAUCCUAAAAAGGAGGAACCCACUCCGCUGCCUCCACCCCCCAAAGGCUUCUAUAUCUAUGGAGAUGUGGGUUCAGGAAAAACUAUGCUGAUGGAUUUGUUCUAUUCCCAUGUCCAAAAUCAACAGAAACAGAGGGUGCACUUCAAUGACUUCAUGUUGGGCAUCCACAGAAGGAUCCAUCGGAGAAAACAAAGCCUGCCAAAAAGAGGGCUCGGGAAAAUGUUCACCUACGACCCCAUAGCUCCGGUCGCCAUGGAGAUUGGUGCCGAAACCUGCCUCCUGUGUUUCGAUGAGUUUCAGGUGACAGACAUCGCAGACGCCAUGAUUCUGAAGCAGCUGUUCCACACAUUGUUCACAACUGGAGUGGUGGUGGUGGCAACGUCCAACAGAGCGCCUGAUGAUCUGUACAAAAACGGACUUCAGAGAGACACGUUUCUGCCUUUCAUCGACAUGCUGAAGAAGCACUGCCACACCAUCUGCCUGGACACUGGGAUUGACUAUCGGACACUGGACAUGGAUACAGCAGGGAAACUCUACUAUCUCACUCAGGAGCCCGGGUCUGGGGCCUUCUUAGACAUGCUGUUUGACGAGCUGGCCUUGCAGCAAAAGAGUGCUAUAGUGCCUCGAGUGCUCAGUGUCCAGGGCAGAGAGGUGACUCUGAGGAAGACGUGUGGCACUGUUGCUGACUGCACAUUUGAAGAGCUGUGUGGACAACUUUUGUAUUCUCAGCCUCUAGGGGCUGGUGACUACCUGGAGAUAGCCAGGUCAUUUGACACAGUCUUUAUUCGCCAUGUUCCUGUUAUGACCCUGGAUCUAAAAGACGAGGCCAAGCGUUUCACCAUACUCAUAGACAACUUCUACGAUCGCAAGGUGAGAGUGGUGGUCCAAGCUGCUGCUCCUUUACAUCAACUCUUUAUCCAAACUGGAGGAAACGAGAGAGACAGACAGUUGCUUGACGAUCUGGGUCUGAGUGGGGAAGCAGAUGAACAUUUGUCUCUGUUCACUGCAGAAGAGGAGAUUUUUGGCUUCAGUCGAACAGUGUCCAGAUUGAUGGAGAUGCAGACAGAGAAGUACUGGAUUGAGGGAGACCGCAGGCACAGAAAGAAACAAGGAAACCCUUAAAAACUUAUAAACAAGCACACUUAUAUACUUCUAUGCAACCAAGUACCUCCAUAGCUUUUGGAGACUUUGAAUGUUUUACUUUCUGCUUAAACUGGGCUCAUCUUGGUGGUGCAGUAGCGCUCCCUUGUGGACUUUAUGAAGGGCAUUAUAGAAGGUUUUGGGGGAAAACUCAACCAACAGGUGCAGCAGACUGGCAAAGAACUGUGCUUCAGAUUAGCUAGCUACUGCCAUCUUGUGGAGAGAUGUGGAAACAACACAUACAUGCAUAAAUAAUAACUGUACUUACUAGAGUGAAGCCUACUGUGACAAAACGUUUCAAGUUGUAUCUGUUUAAAUCUGUAUAGAUUUAUUAUUAUAUUUUGUUGCAAUAAUUUUACUGUAAGUUGAAGUCUAUGACAAGUAGUCUUCUUUGAGUUGUUAUUUUAACUGUAGUUCUCACUAAUCUUAUGAAUGUGAUUUUGGUUUUAUUUUGUAUUUCCUAAUUUGAAUGAGUAAUCAUGGUGAUUAUUUUUUCUUGGCUGGUAAAACAAGAUAGCAGUGUAACAGUUCUGCAGUUAGUCUGUAGGUGGGAGCAGAGUGCCUUCUAUUGCUACAGAUUGGUCACUGCAUCGAUCCAAAGAUGAGGUCAUUUUAGUGCACCAUUGAAAGCUGCGCUCACUACAGAGAAAGCAAAGGCAAUCUCAGUACCAGCAUCUCAGUUAUGAUGAUGUAAUGGUUUGCUUAAUAUUUAAAAUGGAAGAUACUGUAUAUGCAUGAGCUACUUUUGGGUGCAUUUGAGGUUAGUACAGAUGAAAAGGCAUGGAGAUUUCUAUACAUGUGUGCUGCUUUCAAAAGAUGUUUAGGUAAGAGCCAUAAUUGUAUGAAUUGAGUGGCCCUGUCCUCAACCCCAGGUCUUAAUCCCAAGGGUCAGAAUCAGAAAAAAAUCUUCUCUCCUCUUUUAUAUCAGAUAUAAGGCACACAAAGGCUGAUUCAUCCCACCAUUGUCCAUUGAUGACAUUGUGCAAUCAGCAAUUAUCUGAAAUGCUCCGAAAAUAAAGAUGACAUCUACUUCA